AAAUUAGAAGUAUAAAUACGUUGGUUAGUAAUAACCUCCUGUGGAGUUAAUUUUGGACCUUUAUGAAUUUGUUUGGAGCCUGCUGCAGGAAAUGACUCAGAGGCACCAGCAGAGUCAGAGGGUCCAUCAAGUCAUGUAAAGGAAGGUAAUGCAGCUGCCAUCUCUGUGGCUGUAGCCAAAAAGACAGAACCCAUGGGUGGUAUGGCGUCCUCAUUGUUGUCUCAGCAGCCUGCGAAAGAUUCCUCCAAGGCUGUAGAGGAGGGAGAGAAAAAGUCACCUGUGUCUUCUCCAAACAAACAUGCUACUGGACUCUCUUCAAAGUCCCUUCCAUCAGCUUCUCCCUCUCCCUCCACCUCUUCAACAUUGUCCCCGGGCCGAGCAAAGAUGAGUGUUUCUGGCCCUGGCAGCAGUAAAUCCAUCCCUGGAGCUUCGCCUUCUUCCUCUUCUUCCUCUUCUGCCACAGCUCCAUCGUCGCCCUCCGUGUCCCCUGGUCCACCCAAGAUCCACCGUGCCCGCAAGACCAUGAACAGACCUCCUAUAGGCCAGAUGAGCAACUUUGAGUCCCCUGCUGCUCCUUCAGGAUCCUCGGCCUCCUUUUCCUCUGAUUCUGAAACAGCUGUAAAAAGAAGAAAACUGGAUCAUUUAGCUAGUGAGAAAUCAGAAAACAUUCCAAACAACGCUCAAACCAUGGGAGACACAUUAGUCCAUAAAAAAGUGGAGUCUGUUACCAAAUCUACUUUGGAGAAGAGAAACGGCAGCGUUGGAACAUUUGAGGAGAAAGUAGCUGAAAGAACUCCCAGCCUGUCAAAACGCGCUCCAGAAAAGUUUGAGGAUGGUGAGACAGAAACAAUGCAGCGUACCAAAGACAAUAUGUCAGAUUAUAGUUCAGAGUCUGAGACUCAGAGAGCUGCCCGACGUAGAAACCAGAGCGAGGACUCUUCACAAGGAAAAGAGAAAAACACGACUGAUGUGACAGAGACAGCUGCUGAAAAGUCUUCUGAGUACACGGAGGUUCCUCUUGGGGCUUUGGACAUCGCAGCUGCCGACAGUCUGACACUUUCUCCUCAUCACGAAGGGAGUGAUGCAGGAGACACGGAGCGGCUGGAAGAGCUUCCUCUGUGCAGCUGCAGGAUGGAGGCUCCACGUGUCGACAGCACUAGCCAGCGUGUCAGCAGACAGUGUAUGGCCACAGAGAGUGUCAAUGGAGAGCUGAGGGCCUGCGUCAACCGCACGAUAAAAGCGGAGACGAUGCGUCCGUCCAGUCGAGUACCCCUCAUGGUUCUUUGUGACGUCCAUCGCUCUCACAUGGUCAAACAUCACUGUUGUCCUGGCUGUGGAUACUUCUGCAUAGCGGGCACAUUUCUUGAGUGCUGCCCAGACCAGCGCAUCGCUCACCGUUUCCACCGUGGUUGUGUGACGGUGCUGGGCGGCGGGCGCAGUAGAGCAAACGGAGGCGGUAUGAUUUUCUGCCCUCACUGCGGUGAAGAUGCCUCAGAAGCUCAGGAGGUCACCAUCCCCUCCUUUAGCUCUGCAACAGCCUCUGCCACCACUGUCGUCACCAUGUCAGCAUCUUCCACCACUACCCCGUCUCUGCCCCCACCCGCCCCCACAGCGCCCUCUCUCACAGCUUCAACAGGAGGGAUGAAGGAUGGGAAGAUGCCUGAAAGACCUGUCAGCGCUCGCAUGCGAAGUCACGGCCUGGUCAAACCGGCGAUGGAGCAGCAGCAGCAACAGACCCCACAGCCUGUCGCAUCUGCAACUCCAACAACUAUCGCCCCACCGACAGAGGAGGGGAUAGACAGCGUGGGUCCCUCUCUAUGCAUGCCUAAUGGGAAACCCAUCAGCCCCAGUGCACUUCCAUCUGGGCCCAGCAGGGCGGCGCUGCAGAAGGCCAUUCUGACACAGGACACAGAGAGGAAAAAGAAGCUGAGGUUCCAUCCUCGACAGCUUUACCCCGCAGCCAAGCAAGGAGAGGUGCAGAGGGUCCUGCUCAUGCUGAUGGAGGGCAUCGACCCAACGUACCAGCCUGACUCUCAGAACCGUCGCUCCGCUCUGCAUGCUGCAGCGCAGAGAGGUCUGCUAGAGAUCUGCUACAUACUCAUACAGGCUGGUGCUCAAAUAGACGCCAAGGACAAGGACCUGAGGACUCCUCUAUUGGACGCAAUCACCAACAAUCACGCCGAGGUGGCUCACUACCUGGUCCAGAAUGGUGCCUGUGUCUAUCACGCUGAAGAUGACGGAUACACUGGCCUACACCACGCGGCCAAGCAGGGAAACCUAGAGAUUGUCAAAAUGCUGCUGGAAACAGGGCAGGUUGAUGUAAAUGCACAGGACAGCGGUGGGUGGACGCCGAUCAUCUGGGCUGCUGAGCACAAACACGUCGAGGUGAUCAAAGCGCUGCUGAACAGAGGAGCCGAUGUCACUAUCAAUGACAAAGAGCUGAACGUGUGUCUCCACUGGGCAGCGUACGCAGGAAACGUGGAUAUAGCAGAGCUGGUGUUGAACGCCGGCUGCUCUCUCACCUCAGUAAACGUGCACGGAGACACGCCGCUCCACAUUGCCGCCAGGGAGGGCUACCUGGAAUGUGUUACGCUGUUUCUCUCCAGAGGUGCAGACAUCGACAUCAUGAACAGGGAAGGAGACACGCCACUCAGCCUCGCACGGCCCGACACGCCAGUGUGGGUGGCGUUGCAGAUCAACAGGAAGCUAAGAAGAGGAAUAACCAAUCGUAUGUUGCGGACAGAAAGAAUCAUAUGCAGUGACAUCGCUCAGGGCUAUGAGAACGUACCGAUUCCCUGUGUGAACGCUGUUGAUGAUGAGGGAUGCCCGUCAGACUACAAGUAUGUGUCAGAAAACUGUGAAACUUCAGCAAUGAACAUAGACCGCAACAUCACACACUUACAGCACUGCAGCUGCACUGAUGACUGCUCAUCCAGCAACUGCCUGUGUGGGCAGCUCAGUAUCCGCUGCUGGUACGACAAGGACCAGCGGCUUCUCCAGGAGUUUAACAAAAUUGAGCCUCCACUGAUAUUUGAAUGUAACAUGGCGUGUUCUUGUUUCAGAACAUGUAAGAACAGGGUGGUUCAAGCUGGCAUUAAGGUUCGUCUCCAGCUCUACCGGACAGAGAAGAUGGGCUGGGGAGUUCGAGCUCUGCAGGAUAUUCCUCAAGGAAGUUUCAUCUGCGAGUAUGUCGGGGAGCUGAUUUCUGAUGCAGAGGCCGACGUCAGAGAAGACGACUCCUACCUGUUUGACCUUGACAACAAGGAUGGGGAGGUGUAUUGUAUCGAUGCCCGCUACUAUGGUAACAUCAGCCGCUUUAUCAACCACCUUUGUGACCCAAACCUCAUCCCUGUGCGAGUCUUCAUGCUGCACCAGGACCUGAGAUUCCCCCGCAUCGCCUUCUUCAGCUCCAGGGAUAUCCUCAGUGGACAAGAGCUCGGGUUUGACUACGGAGACCGCUUCUGGGACAUUAAGAGCAAGUACUUUACCUGUCAGUGUGGAUCAGAGAAAUGUAAGCACUCGGCAGAAGCCAUCGCCUUGGAGCAGAGCAGGCUGGCUCGGAUGGAGGCUUGUCCUGAAUCAGGAGCUGACUGUGGGAUGAGCAUGAUGGGAAACUCUUAAAAGAACUCACCCAUGGGGCCUUUGGAUUAUCCAUUUUACAUGUGCACAUACACUAUGAGUGUUUUAUUAUUUGUACAUUUCUGUGUGAUGCAUGGGGCAGUGUUUUUUACUCUAAUAAUGUCUGUUUGCAGUCAAACUCACCAUCCUUUAAGUUAUCCCUCACUCUCUAACAGAGGAUAUGAGCCUUAACAGAUUCUCAAACCACCUGAGUAAAUUUGAUCAUGAUUGGAUAUGAACAGUAUUACUGUUUAUUACAUGAAGUUUGUGCAUUAAGAGUAACGACCAUAUAUUAAUUCCUGUGUUGUGCCAAUAAACAACAGCUGUUUUUACACAGUAUAACAGUGGGUCAACUUUUGCCACUAAAUUAAUUCCACUAUGAUGAAAACCUAAGGGAUGGUGUUUUGGAUGAUUGUUUUAGCUUUAUGUUCUUUAUUUUUGUACGUAUAGUUUUCUUUAUAAUAAUUAGUGUAAUAAAUUAGCUCAUGAGUUGAUCUUUGGGCUCUUGAA